ACUCUCACACAUGGAAUGUCCACUUCCUACUCGCUGUAAAGCAAUAACUGUUGCAAUCAGCCUGAGGAAACAGUACAAAACACAGAUAUUGCAGCAUUUUUUUCUGCUAUGAACUAAGAGGCGGGUCACAGUUUACUGGGAGAAAACUGCUGCAAGGAGCUCCGGACUGUACCGCAAAAUGAUACUGCUCACACAGGAAUUAUAAGAUGCCCCUGUUACCUGCAACAAAAGGAGACUUUUGAGAGAAUGCUCAGCUUCAGGCUCGCCUAUAUCUUCUCGUAUAACCUGUUCCAGUUCUGUGGACAUACAUGGAUACUGGCCAAUAACAUAGCCAGGUUUCUCACAUUUGGUAAAGAUGCCUUAGCAGACACAUUUUACUCAGUGGGCUUUGUGAUGAGUCUGUGUCAGUUGCUUUCCAUCCUGGAGCUCCUCCAUAUCGCAGAUGGGAUUGAGAAAGCAAGACUCCUUCCUCGCUUUGUGCAAGUUAUGGAGAAGAACAUUCUGCUGAUCAUGGUUAUCUUGCUGGAGGAGUUCCAGAGUAAACCAGUUGUUUUUGCACAGUUGUUCUUGUGGAACAUUCUGGACCUCCUACGGUACCCACAUGAGCUGCUGUGUGUUAUGGAUACACCCUCCAUCGCCAUGCUGUGGAUAAGAUACACACUCUGGAUCCCCAUAUACAUCCUGACAGUGGCCAUUGAAGGUUUCACUAUCUACCAGGUCCUGCUCCAUGUUGAGCCAACAGCAGCAGACUCAUCCCCUCUGAAAGCUACACUGUCAACACACAUUCACCUUCCCUUCCUCCUGAUGGUCUACCUGCCUUUUCUGGCUCUCGGGGCCUCUGUUACAGUCUGGCAACUACUGAAGGAGAGACAUCACCAACUGGGGAAAUGGAACAAGAAGAUGAAAAGGAAAUGACACGUAAAGACUGCAUGUUAGGACGGAAUUCCCUCUGAAGUUUAUUGUGUAUACCAUGCUGUUACUUAUAAAAAUUCAGCAAGUUUGUUGUGCAGAUAUGCGAACAUUUAAAAUGAUAGUUAAUGGAAGAUCUUGAACUGAAGAGCCAUAGAAUGAAAUUCAACAUCAUUAAAUAUGUGAACUUUU